AUGUGCGCAAGCGAAUAUCCACCCAAUCCAGCCCUUCCUCUAGGCGAAGCCCUGCCAUCUCGCGUCUGCUACACGCGCCGCAGCCCCGGUUUCGACAAGCACACCACUGCCCUGAAACCCGCCCUCGCGUCACCUGCGCCGUUUUACUGGUCCUACCCGCCAUCCUUCCAACACGGACCCCGGCAGAUCAGACACUUCCGCUACGCCAGCCACCCGGCCUCGCCAACAACUCGCCAUUUUUCCUUCGCCGCCCAGCAACGCACCGCAGCCCUCGUGAGGGACGAACACCAAAUGGCUGCCUCGCGUUUCCGCACUGGUCUCGAGACCAUCGCUCAGGCCGCCCCGUCAUCUUCCUCUGCAGCACGCCCGCCAUCUUCACCAUCCGCCUCCUCGUCAUCCACGAGCAAAACAGCCAACUCCGCUGCAUCCACUGCCUCGACAUCAACCCCCAUCUCCUCGGCCGCCUCCACGAGCAGUCCUUCGCCAAAAACCGUCCCCACGCCGAAAGCCAAACCAGCGCCCACGCACCCCGUGUCUCAGCAGGAGCCAAUGUCUCCAAAAUCAACAGACACCCAGGACAUUCGUAGCGUCAACAACCUCGAAGCGGCGCUUGCCACCGCCCGCGCUCAGCAGCACCGGCUAGCUAUGGAACUGGAAAAGCUGCGCAUGCAGCAACAACAACAACAGCAGCAGCAGCAGCAAAGCAACGAGCAAAACCGCCAUCUCCACCAUCACCAUCAUCACGACCACGGAGCCAUCCGCCGCCCCUCCGCUCCCGCCCCUGUCGUGCCGUCCAUCUUCUCUUCGUCAAUGUCGCACUCGCCCAGCAAGCGAAAUAGCGAUUACGGCCUCAUGCUGAUGUCGUCGAGCCCGCCGCGGGCCACAACGUCGCUUUUCGGCCACAGCAGCAGCAUCCAAGAAGGGUCGGGAUCCGAUGAGGGAUGCAAUUGUUGUUGCGGCGACAGCGGCAGCGGCAGCGUCAACGGCAGCAACAGUGGCACGGAUGACGGCCUGGUGUCGGAGCUGAUGGCCGAGGCGGCACGCAGCUGCGAGCGUCAAGAGGGCAGGGUGGAGUUCCAGCGCCAGAUGGCCGCCCUGCGCGACCGCAUCUACACGCAGGCGGAGGAGUUGAGCGAGCGGAGAAAGGAGAGGAAGAAGUGGGAUUUGGAGAAAGAAAGGUUGAUGAUGGAACUGCAGGAGAAGGAGGAGAGGAUUACGAAGUUGAUGGAGGGAAAGAGGGACAGCGUGCAGGGAUGA